CACAGUUCUCAGAUAAUAAAAUAUGCAGAUUACCUGGCAAAAUAUUACCUAGGGCCAUAAUGCAUUGUGCUUCUCUUCAGUUGUGAAAUAAGCUAUACUAGAAGGAUAUACUGGUACCUGGGGCAGCGGGCACAAUACCGGAGCCAGACCCAGCGGAGAGUUGAUAUUGUGCUAAUGAAAUGGCGACGCGGAACAACUACAGGAGACGGAGCCGCAGCAAGAGGACCGGCCAUAUUGAAUGGGCCUUUGGAACAAAGGUAACCAAGUUCUGCGCGCUUCCUAUGAGGUUUUCCGUUAUGAAUCCCGGGGUGAGGAGGAAGUUGAGAGGAAUGAAGAGGGGGUUCAUGCAGACCGAUGUGCUGAUGAGCCGGAAGCAGGAGAUGAGAGGGUACCCGCAGCAAGAUGAAGCAGACUCACACUAG